CCACCCGCCUCAGAGUAUUCAACAGCCUCUUCUCUGUGCAUCGCGAUGAUUCCAAGAUAAUUUGAAAGACCACAGCAAUAUUCCGUGAACCUGUUUGCCAUCCUCACAUCACCUGAUCUUCAGUGCAGCAGUUGAGAGGAAGAUUUCACAACACCAUCUUUGAAUAAAAUGGCUGCCCUUGUGAAAAAAUGCUUGUACAUGCUAUUGGCAUUUACUCUACUUCCUCUGACAAGUUUUGUCUUGCAGAUCUUAAGCAUGCACCCAGAAUGUGUCAUCCAACUAGAGAAAGAAAAAUGCAUGGAGAUGAUGGCAUUGGAUGACCCUGGCAGUGACCCUGAAAACGUCUGUCAAUGGAUGUGGGACAAUCUGACAUGCUGGCAGCCAGCGAGAAUAGGUGAUAUGGUGUGGAUGCCCUGCCCUGAGCUUUUUGAGGUCAUGACUGAAAAAAUUGAUGAGUUUGGUAAGGUGAGCCGUAACUGUACUGAGGAUGGCUGGUCAGAGAUGUUCCCUCAUUAUGUGGAUGUGUGUCCUUUUGAUGACAAUCAAACUAGACAAACUAGUCCUAUGGAGAAGUACUAUGUGUCUGUGAAAGCUCUGUACACAGUGGGCUACAGCACGUCUCUGGUGUCUCUCACCACUGCCAUGGUGAUCCUCUGCUGGUUCAGGAAGCUUCACUGCACCAGGAACUUCAUCCACAUGAAUCUCUUUGUGUCUUUCAUCUUGAGAGCCAUUUCAGUUUUUAUUAAAGAUGGCGUUCUGUAUGCUGAGGAGGACAGCAGCCACUGCUUUAUACAUACUGUGGAAUGUAAGGCAGUGAUGGUGUUUUUUCACUACUGUGUUUUGUCAAACUACUUCUGGCUGUUCAUUGAGGGACUCUACCUCUUUACUCUGCUGGUAGAGACCUUCUUCCCUGAGAGGAGAUAUUUCUACUGGUACACCAUCAUCGGCUGGGGAACCCCAACAGUGUGUGUGAUAGUCUGGGCAAUGCUCCGUAUCCAUUUUGAUAACAUUGGAUGUUGGGACAUAAAUACCAAUGCUGCCAUCUGGUGGGUGAUAAAGGGACCCGUGCUUGCUUCCAUCAUGAUCAACUUCAUCCUCUUUAUCGGUAUCAUUAUAAUCCUUGUCCAGAAGUUGCAAUCUCCUGAUAUAGGAGGCAAUGAAUCCAGCAUUUACUUACGCCUUGCUCGCUCCACUCUCCUGCUCAUCCCUCUCUUUGGUAUCCACUACACUGUGUUUGCUUUUACUCCUGAGGAUGUCAGUAAGAGAGAACGGCUCGUGUUUGAACUUGGUCUUGGCUCUUUCCAGGGCUUUGUGGUUGCUGUCCUUUACUGCUUUCUCAAUGGAGAGGUGCAGUCAGAGGUGAAGAGGAAGUGGAGGAGCUGGACGGUGAAUCGUUACUUUGCGGUGGACAUGAAGCACAGGCACCCAUCCUUGGCUAGCAGUGGCGUAAAUGGAGGCACGCAGCUCUCCAUCCUCAGCAAAAGCAGUUCACAGAUCCGCAUGUCUAGCCUGCAGGCUGAGACUCCAGCCACAUGAGCUGCUGUCUCUCAGAUCCGCAGACACGCACUGAACUU